AUGUUGAGAUUUCGAAUUUACAUAACUCAGAAGGGGGAAAUUGAAUGGAGUUGUAAGCGGGAAGCUCUUCUUCAGGUUAAUCACACCUCCCAGUUCGAAAAAUUGGAUGCUUCUAAUGUAAUCAGGUAUACUCCGUACGAAUAUGGCAGUGUUAUGCACUACGGGGCAAAUGCUUUUGUUAAAGAAGAGAAGAAAGAUGAAAUCACUAUCAUGCCGAAAAAAAAGAGGUAUCUUCGGACAAUCGGUUCACCAAUUCCAUCAUUAUACGACAUGAUGAUGGUCAACAAAUAUUAUAACUGCAGCGGUGUGUUUAAUUUUGAUAAUCACCUUUGCUUCAAAACAACUGCGCACUCACGUCCGAAGACCAUCCUUGCAAUGUGUUGGACUCUGUGUCGCAGUCAAUGUGCAAUUGAGAUGCAGUAUGUUACCUUUCCCCCUCGAAAAUUCACGGGAAGGGGACUGUAG